UCGUCGUGUUAUUGUUGAAGAAGCGGAGCAGUAGGUGACGUUGUUGUGGUGUAGAUUACCUGCGUAACUAUUUUCUUUUCGAAGUUUCCAUUUAACAUGGCGAUAACAGGCGAUGUAGCCGUUGUUAGUCCGCGAUUUCAAAAUAAUAGCGAAGGUAGAAAAACUGCUUCGACUGUCCAAAAUGAAGGAAGUGUUCAAAAUAACUCUCCUGGCUUCAGUAUGUCUUGCGGAGACGGAAAAUUGAUUCAGGCAAAGGAGCAAACCUGGACUAACGAUGAUAAAGAAAACUGCCGGGUGCCUGUCUACAAAGGUGAACAGAUUGCCGAAAAGUUUGGGAAGGCAAGAACAGAGGAAAUGAACAGCUGCAUGGGCGAACUCAGCCUGUCUUCACCCAAGGAAAGAGAAUCGGGGGAAAAAAGAAAAACGCGUUCACGAUCUCGUUCUUGUUCCCCAAAAAGGAAGUCCAACACCAGAUCACUGUCGUCUAGUAGCUCAAGCAUGUCCCGCUCUUCUUCCAGCAGCUCAAGCGACAGUGAUAGAUCAACUUACUCCAGAAGGAGGUCCAGAUCAAGGUCACGGUCAAGAGGGCGAUAUAGAAGCUUUCGCACUUACCGGAGACGCAGAAGUGUACCAAGGUCUUCCUCAAGAAGUCGGUCUCGUUCUUAUCCACGAUGCUGCAGGUCCCGGUCUCGUUCUCAUUCCAGUGGGAGGCAUUAUAGAUUUUUCUACAAAUGCAGAUCACACUACAGAUCUUAUAGAUCAAGGUCCUAUCACAGGAGGUACAGAUCUAGAUCUCGCUCAAGGUCCUGGACAAGAGGAAAACGAUACAAUGGCUUUGUACAGACUGGUCGGGAAAGAUUUGUGGACGGAAGUAACAGAAAUCCAUCUCGCUCUCCAAGCAGACCUGCCGUUCGUUUAACUGAGAAAGAUAAACUUAAACUGUUGGAGAUUGCAAAGGCAAAUGCAUCCAAGCUCCUUGGAGUGGAAAACGUGGAGGUUCCAGCUAGUAUAAAAGCUAAAGUACAGGUGUCCCCAGAUAUUAACAGUAUGAAGGGGGAAUUAAAUGCUGGACAUGAUGAAAAGAAUCUCGAAAAUCCUCUACAGUGCCUUGAUGGAGAGAAUCGGGUGGUAAAGUGUCAAGUGGAUUGUUUUGUGGAAAUGGGAUUCUUUUGCGUGUUAGGAUUAUUUCAGUGGGUGGGGGUAACUAGAAAGCUGAAACUGCUUAGCAGUACAGUACUGCCUUUCAAGCACCUGUAAUCCUUAGUUGAAAAUUGAGCCUUCAGACUUAAGUGGGAGUGUCUUUAAAACAUUGGGAUUUAAGUCAGAUUUGUCUUUCAUUUACAUUGUACCUUUUAUGUGGGUACAGCGUAGCAUUUGUUUUAAAGUAGCUAGCAAAUAGCAUGUUCACCUGCCACUAAUAUCUAAAACAGAAAGUCGAGCAGUUUUGCUGAGGAAAGUCAUUGGGAGUCUAAACUAUCGUGGUACUUGGUAUGUCACUUAUCCUUUACGUGAAAUAGUCACAAAUUGAACAAGUGUAUUAGGUAUGGAAAUCAUAUUUUAUUCACUGUAUUUCCAGAUAAGAUCUUACAGAAGAAGAACCAGGCUGCAUAAUCUAAAGAUAAGUUUCCUGUGCAAAAAUUGUAGUGCAGGACAAGAGCACAAUGUCUUUCAAACAUGGAUAAUUUUUUUUUUCUUUUGUCUUUAAAUGUAUCCAGGGUUAUUUGUUAAUUUACCAAGUUUAAGUGGCCACUUCUCUACUGCAGCUUUACAGUGCUGUCUGCCUCGUCCUUGACAAGUUCUGCUUAUGAUCAUGGAGUGUGUAUUUGGUGUAGUUGUAUUGAUAUGAUUAAUAAAACUUUUGGAAAUAUGACACUUAAUAGAUUAACUUUUUAUGUUAAACUCAAUUAAAUGGAGUCGUGUAAUUUCAACUUGAUAUCCCUUUCAAUAGAAUUUGAAAAUUUGUAUAAUUCAUGGUACAGUGAUGUGCCUUAGUCUCAAGCAUAACAUUUCAUAAAUGCAGCUCUGUGUGGUAUUGAGGAUUAAAGUUUUUUUUUUUUUUUUUCUGUGCAGCUGUCCAGAAAACUUGAAGAUUUUGUUGUUUCAAGAGAGAAGUCUCCCAAAACAAAAGAUCUUGCAUUUAGCCCAAAUAAUUCUGUUGCAAAACCUACAACAGCUAAACUACAAAGCAGCCCAGUUAGUGAUUCUAGCACCCUUGACAAAAAAUAUCAGUACCCUUAUGGACAUUGGAAACCAGUUAACAAAGAAGCAAGCAAAAAUCUCUUCACAAACAUGUCACCAAACAAAUCUCUUGUUAAGUCACGGUAGCAGCAACUAAAGAUUUUUUUGUCUGUAAAGUUUUGUAUAUCGGGGGGGGGGGGGGGAAUUGUGUGCACAUAUAUGUAAAUUUAAGUGUUGGAAGAUUUCUUUUCCAGAUGUAAGUGGAUUGAAGACUGGACAAGAGUUCAUAAAGGUGGGAUUUUUUUUCUAAAUGUUGCAGUCAUGGUUGUAUAUAGUAUUUUGUAUUCAGUUAAAUAAAGUGUGCAACACUAAAAA